UUGUCUGUAAAACUGAGCUAGUCUGCAGUGGUUGGGCCAUGCUGUUCAAUACUAAGUAUUUGAGGCAUGAACACAUCACAGGAUUUGAAAACUAUAAGUAUAGCUCCAUUGACACAAGUCCUCUUAGCAACUAUGUGAUGCACCCUUUCUGGAAUGCAGUCGUCAAGAUCUGUCCGCGUAAUGUGGCGCCGAACCUGCUUACGUUGACGGGCUUCCUGCUCACGGUGGCCAACUUCGUCAUGCUUACCGUCUACGACUACUACUUCGUGGCGUCGAGCACGUCCAACAAGCCGGCCGUGCCGGCCAUCCCGCGCUGGGUCUGGCUGGUGGCCGCCAUCAACCUGUUCCUGUCACACACGCUCGACGGCAUUGACGGCAAGCAGGCGCGCCGGCUGGGCGUGAGCGGGCCACUGGGCGAGCUGUUCGACCACGGCCUCGACUCGUGGACCUCGUUCUUCAUCCCCAUCACGCUCUUUUCUGUAUUCGGCAAGCUCGAGUACAGCAUCCCGUCGAUCCGCAUGUUCUACUGCAUGUGGAGCGUGUGGAUGUGCUUCUUCCUGUCGCACUGGGAGAAGUACAACACGGGCCUGCUCUUCCUGCCCUGGGGCUACGACGUGUCACAACUGGGCAUCCUGGUGCUGUACCUGGUCACGUUUUUCGGCGACUACACGCUGUGGAAGUUCGCGCUGUACCGGGCGGCGGACGGCACGCCCGUGAUCACGGCGGGCGCCUCGUUCGAGAUCCUCAUGUGGCUGGGCACGCUGGGCACCAGCUUGCCCAUGACGCUGUGGAACGUCUACAAGAGUUACCGCGACGGUACGGGCAAGGGCCGCAGCCUAGGCUCCUCGCUGCUGCCGCUGCUCUCGCCGGCCAUCCUGCUGGUCAUCACUUCGCUGUGGGUGGCGUUCUCCCCGUGCGACAUCAUCAACACCGACCUGCGGCUCUUCAGCUUCACCAUCGGUGCCGUGUUCUCCAACAUCUGCUGUCGCCUGAUCGUGGCGCAGAUGACCAACAAUGACGUACAGGCGCUUAACAAACUGCUGGCGCCGGUGGCGCUCGCGGCGGGCGUGGCGCUACUCGCGCCUUCCACGACGCCCGCAGAGAUGGCAGCACUGUGGUCGCUGGCUGUUUUCGUCACGAUCGCUCACAUACACUACGGAGUGUGUGUGGUGCGGCAGAUGUGUCACCACUUCAACAUUCCGGCGCUGACAGUCAAAGAACGGACCGAUUGACUAUUAGCCGACGAUGCCUGAACGCUAGAAGAUUGACAUUGGCGCGCACCGGCCGGUCACAGCCGACCGCAGCGCCCUCUCGCUCCGAGCGCGCCGGGGUCGCGGCCGGUCGGCGCCACCGCCGCCCACCGUGUGGCGACACGGACCGAGAGGGAGGGCGCUGGCGGCCACAGAAGACCGCGCUGUACCUCGCAAGCCGGUCUUAAACGUUUGAAAACACUGCAACAGUUUUGGUUAUGUUGACUAUCAUUCGAUUGGGUAUCCGAAUUACAUUGACUUAGUGGGGAGCAGAUAUCUGGGAUGCUUAAAUUUGGUGGGAUUUAUGUGAUCCGGGUAGUUACCGAGUGUGCGACCAAUCUUAUCAUUUCGUAUGAUAAUCUUCUGGUGUUCGGUAUCGUCCGGACCUUUGAUUUUAGCCUGGAGCUGACCUGGCUUGAUUCGGUACGCUUAGUAUCGAUUCGAGCCCAUUUGAGCUCCCCGUGUUAUGUGCGUUUCUAGUCGCCGGGCGUUUCGACCCUCCACUGCAGCUUGUCUGGGGUCGAAAGGCGUGGAGUGUGGAAACAGGUGACGCGUUGCGUCAAGUUUGUGAGCGAGUUCCCGAUCGAUCGCCAUCUCCGAAAGCCAGCAGCAUCGCCCACUGCAGGCCCAGAUCAUCUUACCUCUGCUCCCAUCGAAGCUUUCAUGCUUGCCUUCCAAUCAUAUAGCGUGGAAAGACAUCCUGUCAGGGCAGUUUCAGGUGAUCGUUCGUUUGAGGCUGAUCACUAUUCGAGGCUUAUAUAUUCACUGUUUUAAGUUAUCAUUAUUCGCUAAAGGUUUUAAACGUUUCAUUCGUUUAACGGCGCUUUCAGAUACUCCUGUUGUUAACCGAAGU